GCCGCGCUCCCCCCCCGCGCCGCUGCGCUCCCCGCCUGCGCUGCGCGUCGGAACAUGGCGGCGGCGAGGGACUGAGCAGCCCCAGCGCCCGGCGGCCGCGCAGAUGCUUCCUUCCCCCAUCUCCCAUCCCACAAAGAGAUGAGCUUUUGGUGAGGUCCUGCCCAGCCAAGGGUGAGGUUUUGCUAUGCCGCAGAGUUUGUGCUGCCUUGGCUGUCUUGUAGCAGUGAUGGGGAACUAGAGCCCAUGACAGCCCCCUGGAGCCCUUGGCACGUUUGAGAUCUUGGCACUUCAGUUCCCUCCAGCAAGCCCGCCCCGGGAGCAGCAGGUGAUAGAAUGCGGAAGCCAGGCCCUCAGAAAGCCAUAGACUGGAAGGAUGGUAAAAAGCACAAGCACAGCCGCCCCGCAGAGGCCCCCGCCCAGUACCAAGGUCACUUCACCUGGGAGAAAUACCUGAAAGAGACCUGUGCCAUCCCAGCUCCUGCCCAUUGCUUCAAGCAGUCAUACACUCCACCUGCCAACGAGUUCAAGAUCAGCAUGAAGCUGGAGGCCCAGGACCCGCGGAACACCACCUCCACCUGCAUCGCCACCGUGGUGGGGCUGACGGGCGCGCGCCUGCGCCUGCGCCUGGACGGCAGCGACAACAAGAACGACUUCUGGAGGCUGGUGGACUCUGCUGAGAUCCAGCCCAUAGGCAACUGUGAGAAGAAUGGGGGCAUGCUGCAGCCUCCUCUUGGCUUCCGCCUGAACGCCUCCUCCUGGCCCAUGUUCCUCCUGAAGACUCUGAACGGAGCAGAGAUGGCUCCCGUCAGGAUUUUCCACAAGGAACCACCAUCCCCAUCCCAAAACUUCUUCAAGACAGGUAUGAAGCUGGAGGCAGUGGACAGGAAGAAUCCUCACUUCAUCUGCCCGGCCACCAUUGGGGAGGUGAGAGGCUCUGAGGUGCUGAUCACCUUUGAUGGCUGGAGAGGUGCCUUCGAUUACUGGUGCCGGUAUGACUCCCGGGACAUCUUUCCCGUAGGCUGGUGCUCGCUGACGGCAGAUAACCUGCAGCCCCCUGGGACCAAAGUUGUGAUCCCAAAGAGCCCUUUGCCUGCUUCCGAAGGGAGCUCGGAGAAGCCAGGCAUGCACAGCAGCACCAAGGCUGCCCUGGGGCACCAGCAGGGCCAAAAGCGCCGCAAGGCAGGGAAGAAGCGUGGCCGAGCCACCAAAGCACUAAUCCACCACCCCAUGCCUGCACCCAGCAAGUCGGUGGAGCCUUUGAAGUUCCCCAGGAAGAGAGGCCCCAAGCCUGGCAGCAAGAGGAAACCCAGGACGCUGCUGAACCCAGCACCCACCUCUCCCACCACCAGCACCCCAGAACCAGACACAAGCACUGUGCCCCAGGACGCUGCUACAAUCCCCAGCUCUGCCAUGCAGGCUCCCACAGUCUGCAUUUACUUGAACAAGAGUGGCAGCACUGGGCCCCACCUGGACAAGAAGAAGGUUCAGCAGCUGCCUGACCACUUCGGCCCCGCUCGCGCCUCGGUCGUGCUGCAGCAGGCAGUGCAGGCCUGCAUCGACUGCGCCUACCAGCAGAAGACUGUGUUCAGCUUCCUGAAGCAGGGCCACGGGGGAGAGGUCAUCUCAGCUGUGUUCGACCGGGAGCAGCACACUCUGAACCUGCCGGCGGUGAACAGCAUCAGCUACGUCCUGCGCUUCCUGGAGAAGCUCUGCCACAGCCUGCGCAGCGACAACCUCUUCGGCAGCCAACCCUUCUCCCACCGCUGCCACAUGCAGCGCCCGCACCCCUACGGCCACGACAGGUAUCUACCAGACAGAAGCAGCUCCUUAGACGGCUCUCUGCAGGGACCUGCCCGGGGUGCCAAGCGCUAUUCCCACGAGUCCCCUCCAUACACUGCUCCUCUCUCCCCCAAGUUACCAAAGAGUGACCGGCACCCCCUGGAAGGUGAAACCUUUGUCCUGGGAGAUGGCCUCCCGGGGCCCCUGGAGCCUCGCCUGGACCCCCUGGACUCUGCCUUGAACUCUGUGCAUGCAUCCAGCCGCAGCAGGAGCUGCAGAGACCUCCAGCUGCAGGGGUACAGGCAGCAGCCCCCGAGCCGCAGCCCGGGCGCGGCCGCUGCCCUGCGCAGCCUGAGCUCCGCGGGCUCCGAGCGCUACCUUGGCUCCCGGGACGCGCCCAGGCUGGGCGGCAGAGACCCCUCCUGCUGGACGGUGGAGGAGGUGAUGCAGUUCAUCCGGCAGGCAGACCCCCAGCUGGGACCCCACGCAGACCUCUUCCGCAAGCACGAGAUCGACGGGAAGGCUCUGCUGCUGCUGCGCAGCGACAUGAUGAUGAAGUACAUGGGGCUGAAGCUGGGCCCGGCGCUGAAGCUCUCCUACCACAUCGACAGGCUAAAGCAAGGCAAGUUCUGAGCGCAGCCCGCGGCGCCCUCCGGCCCCGCCGCUCGCCAGCCUCGCCCGCGGCCCCACGGGGAGCAGCCUGGCACGGCUGCCCCCGCGCCUGGCACCGGACUCAAGCCGUGGCCCCUGUCGGAAGCGGAGGGUCUGCCCCUGCUGCCCAGCAGGAGCUGCUCCUGGGGGUCCUGCUCCUGGGGCGGGCAGCGGCUCUGGGCACAGCCCGCGGGCACUGGGUGCCCCCUCUGCCCCCCACCCCCCCGCUGCGGCUCCCGGCCCCUCGCAAGGGCAGGGUGGGGGCUGGGCGCUUUGUGCUUCACUGGGCAGCGCAGCUGGGAGGGCACAGCGCCCCCGGGCCGCACUCGGACCCAGCAGCACCAUGCCAGGCUCCGAGCGGCAGCUGCCCCUGCCCUGUCUUCCACUGCCAGGGCUGCCCAGCCCUGGCCACCCACCCCCGAGCCCUGCCUGCCCUCGGCCCCAGCAGCUGCCAGGCUGCAGCCCUCGAGCUCGUCGCCGACUGUGGAGGCCAUGCCAGGGGCAGCCGCGGGGAGCCAGGGAGGGUGGCUGGGCCUGGUGCCACUGCUGGGGCUGCUGUGCCCACGGCACUGCUGGGGCUGCUGUGCCCACGGCACUGCUGGGGCUGCUGUACCCACGGCAC